AUGGCGGGCACGCAGAUACCCCUCGCCGCGCCAGGCGUCGCCGCCGGAAUGUUCCCUUACUGUGUCCCCUCGCAACCGUGCUGGCCCUCACUCGACGCCUGGUCCGCUUUGAACGCUUCUGUUGCUGGACGACUCAUUCGACCAGAUGGACCUCUCCCCUGUGUUCAGCCGCAGUGUGCGGACGCGGAUUGGCGACUCGAACAACCUGCCGGUGUCAUGUUCCUCAACUUUGAAACCGGCCAAGGCCUCAUCCCCGACGAUCCCUCCCGGACGUCAACUUCCGCACCGACCAACUCCUCCUCCCUUCCCAUCGACCGCACCCCCGCCUACGUCCUCGAAGCGCACACCCCCUCCGACGUCUCAUCAGCCGUCUCCUUCGCAUGGGAGAACCGCCUCCGCUUGCGGGUCAAGAGUACAGGACACGAUUACCUCGGCCGCUCUUCGGACGAAGGGUCGUUCACCCUUUGGACAAGGCGGCUGAACCACUCCCGUUUCGAGAGGGAGUUCGUACCCGCCGGAGCACCAGAAGGGACGCAGGGAGUUCCAGCGCUCAUUGCGGGCGCGGGAAGCAUCGUGAGAGAUCUGUACAAGGCGGCGGACGAGGCGGGAGUGGUCGUGACGGGCGGGGUGAGCCAGACUGUGGGUGCGGGCGGUGGAUUCGUUCUAGGAGGCGGACAUGGACCGCUUGCGCCUUUGCAUGGACUCGCAGCCGACAACGUCCUCGAAUUCACCGUCGUCACCGCAAACGGCACCAUCCUCCGUUGCUCGCCCUACCAAAACCCCACGCUCUUCACCGCCCUCCGAGGCGGCGGAUCCUCCUUCUGCGUCGUCCUCGAAACGGCCUUCAAAGCGCACGUCCCGCCCGCUGGUUUCGUCGGAGUCUUUGGUUCGUUUGGGCUCAAGGAGGGAACGGAUGCGAGUAAGGAGGAGGGGAAGCAGGCGUGGAGGGAGAUGGUGAAGCGGUGGACGGAGUUGCAGCCGAAGCUGAGCAAGGCCGGACCGUUCGCGGGAUACACCUACGUCCGGAAACCGGAGCCUACGCCCUUCGCCUACAUCCUCCCUUCCGACAACAUCCAGCUCGCGAAGGACCUCUUCACGCCAAUCUUCGAAGCUUCCGCCGCGGAUCCGAACAUCGACAUUGACUGGGAGUUUGUCGAGACCAAGUCGUGGUACGAGUUGUGGAGCGGUCCGUUCACCAACGCCCUUCAGUCGCUCGACGCAGUCGGUAUUCCACUUCUCCUUGGCAGCAGGCUAGUCCCGAAGGACGUCGUCGAGCAACGAGCGGACGAUCUCGCCAAUUUCCUCGCCGACUCGCCGAGUCCCGCGAUCGUUCACCUCGUGGCGGGCGGCGCGGUCGAGAAGGAGCCGGACUUCCCUUCGUCUGUCAAUCCUGGCUGGAGGACCGCUCUCCUGCACAUCGACCUCCCCAUCUCCUGGCCCUCCUCCGCUCCUCCCUCUACCAUCUCCUCCCUUUCGACCUACCUAACCUCUCACACCCUCGCCCUCGGCACGCUCGCCUCCUCCCUCGGCCAACCCCAGGCGUCCUACUCGUCCGAGAGUAACUACUACGAGGCGGACUGGCAGAAGGUUUGGUAUGGCGCGGAAAACUACGAGAGGUUGAUGGAGGCGAAGAGGGCAUGGGAUCCCGAGGGCGUGUUCAGUGCGAGGAGGGCGGUUGGUUCGGAGGUGGUGGGUUGGUAG